AUAAAAAGAACUUCAAAUCGAAGAAGAUGAAUAUUCUAGAGUUUCAAAUUAAUCGCGGACCUAAAUUUUCGUCCAUAAAUCUUCUUUGUCAUUAUUGUUCACCAGUCUUAUUUUCCUCGCAGCUUUUAAAGAUUUUACAUUGCAUUCUACCAGAUUUCAAAUCAUUAUAACAUUAGGACAUUUAAACUCGCGCUAUUUUAUUUCUUCGUACUUUCAUUUAUUUCAAAAUUGGAGCCCGAGACUCAUACUCCAACCUCACCCUCAAUAGUUAAACUUUGUUGGAUUAAGCAUAGCUCUAGGCAUCUUAAAUUUUCAUCCGUAUAACCCAACAACUUCAAAACCAUCCAAAUGAAUUCCUCAGAAGCACCAGUGAAACUUGAUCUCGGCCUUGAGGUACAGCCAGCUGAAGAGACAGUUCCUGAUCUGAAAAAGAUCAGAAAGAUCUCGAAUUAUGCGGACGAAGAAAAAGAUAUGGUACCCUCUUUGAAGCCAACAGCUAUCAAUACAUCCCAUAGUAGCAUUCCCCAGUUCAGUUCCAUGGAAUGCAACAGCGACGAAGAUAGCCACAGUGGUCUAGGCGACUCGCAGCAGUCGGGUAAAAACAGACGAAUCUCGUUCGCCGCUAACGUUAAAUCACACCGAGCACGUUCGGCAAGCCAAUGGUCUCGUCUUGGGGUUGACGAAGAGUUCCGAGGGCGAAUCGAUACGACCGGGUCAACUUGGAGUCAAUUCAGCUUCACCUAUGGAACCAAAGAGAUCCGACCUCUAGAGGACAACUACACUGACAUCGGUAAUCGACCGUCUCUUCGGCAGCUCCUGCACCAAGGUGAAGAGAAUCUUCAUACGGAUGAGUCAGAAAAUGAGGAGGCGGCAGAAGAUGAGGAAAAGGAUCAAACGGAUAAGGGGAAGCCAGGUAGCAUCAAAAAUGGAGAUAGUGUGAAAUACAUCAGAGACAACAGUGGCAAUUCAAGCGUUGACAUCAAACUUAAAAUUGUCAACUCGAUUCCGCCCACGUCCGAACCUGAGAAAUUCGACUGGGUCAGAGGGGUGCUAGCCAGAUGUCUCCUGAACAUCUGGGGUGUCAUGAUCUUCUUACGAAUUCCCUGGUGCGUCGGCCACGCUGGCAUCCUGGAAAUGACUAGUAUCAUCUUACUUUCAACAGUAGUCACCAUCAUCACUACUCUAUCAAUGUCAGCUAUUUGCACUAAUGGAUUCAUCAAAGGAGGCGGCGCUUACUACCUCAUCUCGCGCAGUUUGGGUCCCGAAAUUGGAGGAGCUGUCGGCAUAAUGUUUGCAUUUGCUAAUGCAGUUGCAGUUGCAAUGUACAUCGUGGGUUUCGCAGAAACAGUUAGAGGUGUUCUAAUUGAGCAAGGACUUCUGGCAGCCGACUGGGACCUAUGGGAUAUCCGGCUGAUUGGACUAGUGACCUGUAUCGUCAUCUUAGCCGUUGCUCUUCUCAGCCUCUCACUGGUUGUCAAAGUACAACUCUCUCUUCUAGUUCUUCUCAUCGUUGCCAUUUUGGACGUCACUUUAGGAUCCUUUGUAUCUCCUCCAUGGAGAGAUGACCGAACUAAAUAUGGAUUCACGGGAUACAACUACACUACGUUUUCUACCAAUCUUAUGUCCGAUUAUGGACAGAAGGAAAAUUACUUUACAGUAUUUGCUAUCUUCUUUCCUGCUGCUACUGGAAUACUGGCAGGAGCGAACAUAUCUGGGAACCUCAAGGAUCCAGAAAAAGCUAUUCCAAAAGGAACUCUGCUUGCUAUUGUCAUCAGUACUUUCACUUACAUCGCUCUCAGUUUCCUUUGUGGAGCUGUCAUGGUGCGAGAAUUGGAAUCAGAUGGUAUGAUCCAGGGACUCAAAAACCUAGACAGUCAAGUAAUGGCUAACAUCUCUUUCACAUAUGUCAUCCUAGUGGGUGGAAUAGUCGCUGCGUCUCUAUCCAGUGCUAUAGCCAGUUUAGUGGGCGCCCCCAAAGUGUUCCAAGCUAUCUGCAAAGACCAUCUAUUUCCCUACGUCGGCGCAAUCGGAAAAGGAUCGCCUAAAGACGACGAACCAAGACGUGGAUAUAUUUUGACGGCACUCAUAGGCCUGGCGUUUGUAGCUGUUGGAGAAUUGAAUGUAAUUGCCCCUUUGAUCUCCAACUUCUUUCUGGUCAGUUAUGCCCUCAUUAACGGAGCAUGUUUCAUGGGAUCUGUCAGCAAAGCCCCUAGCUGGAGACCCAGCUUCCGAUUCUACAACAAGUGGCUCGCUCUCAUAGGAUUCCUCAGUUGUUCCUCAAUUAUGUUCAUGAUUGACUACUUCACAGCCUUAAUCAGCUACUUCGUCAUCGGUGCUCUGUUUGUUUACCUUGUUGUGAGAGAUCCGAACGUUAAUUGGGGUACAUCAACGUCUGCAUUCGCCUAUCUGAGCACGUUGCAUUCCAUACUCAAACUUCAGAACAGCGCAGACCACGUGAAGACUUACCGACCUCAGAUUUUAGCAGUUUCUGGGGAUCCCAAAAAGCACCAAGAACUUGUAACUCUAGCUAGCGCUAUUACAAAGAACUCGAGCAUGAUGAUAUGUGGGAACAUCAUCGACAAAGCAAAUACGAAUAAAUCAGUACCAGAGUUCAAAGAGGUGAAAGAUUGGCUGAUGGACAACAAGAUCAAGAGCUUCUACUGUCCUUUUUUCUGCAGCAACUUCCGACAAGGAGUAUCUUGCCUACUUCAAACUUGUGGGAUCGGGAAGUUCCGGCCCAACAUUCUGUUUCUAGGAUACAAAUAUAACUGGAAACUUGCGCACCCAAAAGAUGUCGAGGACUAUGUCAAUGUUAUCUACGACACUUUCGAUUUCAACUGCGCCGUGUGCAUUCUGCGCUUACCCAAGAAAACUGCGAAGUUGAUUGAGCAGACUAAUGAGACGGAAGAUGAUGAAAAUGAUCAGCCGGACACAGCUAUUUCAAUUUCAACCCCCACCCAGCACGAGAAUAUUUUCCGAGCCCGUCAAUCCAAGGGAACUAUUGAUAUCUGGUGGCUCUACGACGAUGGUGGACUAUCCAUUCUUAUUCCUCAUCUCAUAUCUCUCAAUUGGAAAUGGUCAGGAUGCCAACUGAGAAUUUUCAUCAGCGGGUCCCGAUCGAAACUUGAUGACGACCACGGAGUUAUGCUUAAAAUGCUGCAGAAGUUUCGGAUCAAUGUCAAGUUUUUGAAAGUGAUUCCUGAGUUGAAAAGCAAACCAAGCAGAGAAGAAUGGAAGAAAUACGAAGCUAUGCAGAAAGAAUUCGAGACCGAGCACGACGAAAAGAACGCCUAUAUAUCAGCGAAAGCUAAAGAAGACCCCAAUAACUUGAGAGUAACCAAGAGAAACGUUCGAAUCGGGGAGUUAGUGAGAAUGCACUCUAGCAAGUCCACGAUGGUUAUUAUAAACAUGCCAUUACCGAGGAAUCUCGAUCAAGCCCAAUAUCAGUACAUGUGCUGGCUGGAGACCCUAUCGGAGAAUCUUCCGCCAACUAUUCUUAUGCGGGGCAACCAAGAAAACGUUCUGACGUUCUACUCUUGAUUUAUGUAGUAUCAUCAGUGACUUUUUGUAUUCAUUUCAUAAUCAUUCAAUUCCAGUAUAUAUUUGCUUUCUUGAACUUUUUAAUCUGAUCAACAACUCUUUUUCCCCAAAAGAUGACAAAAAAACGUACAGCAGAAAAUAUAUAAUUAAAAUAUAUUUGGGUUUUCGUAAAAGUUCUUUUUUUAUAGUUAAUGCCAAAUUGUUAGCAAUAUCAGAGACUUCAAGCAAUUUAAUCGGUCAUAAAACUGUUCUUUUU